AACCGGGGGGCGACCCAUCUCCGCCCUUCCCACCGCCCCAAAAGACGCCCAAGGAGGCUUCGCUUGCCCAGGGACAGCUGGCAGCCAUGCGCUGGUGGGUGGUUGUGCUUUUCGUGGCAGCCGCAUGGGCUCUGGGUGCCCACAGCAAGGGGUGCAAUAAAGCACUCUGUGCCAGUGACGUCAGCAAGUGUUUGCUGCAGGAAAUGUGCCAGUGCAAAGCCAAUCGUACUCGUUGCUGUCGGCAGUGCGCGUUCUGCCUGGCUAAACUCUGGGAGCCUUGCUGUGAGUGUGUAGGUCUGUGUGAUGAACGCAUCUCAACGGCUCCCCAUCCGGCUCAACGGAGUUCCAUGCACGAUUUGGUGUCUCCGGUGCCGUCUCUUUUCCGGGCCCUCCUGGCGCUCUCCAACAAUCACCCGGCUCUCGGCUGGAGCAUCGCGACUCUGCCAUUAGAAGAGGAACUUCGGCAAAAUCACGUGGAUACCGGCCACCUUCUGCUGGGACCACAUACAGACCUGGCCCUCCCGGAUCCCGACACCGCCAAGGGCCCGAAUGCGACGGCGCCAGCUUGCCAGUCCAUUUACUUCAACGACUGCCUGUCCAUGAGCCGUUGCCGUGCAGCCUGUCAGUCGGUGGGCGCCUGGCGUUACCGGUGGUUUCACAGCGCCUGCUGCCAAUGCUUGGGGCCGGAUUGCCAGGGCUACGGAAGUGCCCACGCGAAUUGCUCCCGUUGCCAGGACUGAGCGGUGUUGCUUCGGCCUUCCUUGACUCGCAGAGCGUCGCGUCGCCCUCCCCCCCCCUCCGCUUUUCCGCCCAGCCUCCCCGGCAAAACCGCAUUGCAGCCAUGACAGGGAGUCCUCGACUGACAAGGGAGCGAAGCCUUUCCGUUGUUAAGCGAGGCGUUUGUGAAGUGUGCUUGGCCCAAUUCGACCACCUUGUUCAGUGAACUCGCCGCGGUCGAUAAGUUAGCAACGCGGUUGUUAAGCGAAUCUUGUCAGAAGGGUUCGGGUUCGGGAUGACCUUGGGACACAGCCGGGGUUGUAAGUAUGAAUCGGCUGCCAAGCGUCUGAAUUUUGAUCCCAGGGUCAUGGGCUUGUUACGAAGGUCGUAUGUGUGAAACACGGCCCUAAGUCACUUUUUUUCCAGUGCCGUCGUACCUUUGAAUGGCUACUACAUGAACUGCUAUGAGUCGAGGACUUCGCUGUAUGGCUUCCUGCUUCCGCCUGCUUCCAAACCCAGAUAUUUUCAGCAGCGAGAACAAGUUUAGGGGGCCACAGAAGACCCUCUGCCCAGCCCAGGAUUUCCCUCUGCAGCUGGGGGGGUCCAUCUGUCUUGGGAUCUCACCUGGGACAUUUUUCCUUCCUCCCCCCCCCCUCCCAAGUUUUGCUGAAAUUAGCCCUGUGCACGAAUCCUCAAAUUCUUUCUUUUAACAAUGCAAA